AUGACUGUUACUGAGUACAAUGGCAGGUUUGAGGAAUUGUGUCAUUUUUCACAAAUUUGUCAAGGAGCUCCUGAGGAUUUUGCUAAGUGGAAAUGUAUCAAGUAUGAGGGAGGUCUUCGGAGUGACAUUCUGAGUUUUGUUGCACCUAUGGAGAUCAGGGUAUUCUCUGAACUCGUGAACAAGAGUAGGGUAGCUGAGGAGUGUGUGAGAAAGGCUGCAGCAGAGAAGGGAAGUGCUGAGGGGUCAGAGACACUUAUUAGAGGUAACUGUGAGAUAGCCGGUAAAACUUUAAAUGCCUUAUUUGAUUCUGGAGCAACACAUUCAUUUAUUGCAUUUGAAAAGACUGAUGAGUUAGGAUUGAAAAUAGUGAUCCUGGGGUAUGAUUUAAAGGUGUAUAAUGCUACCCAUGAGGCUAUGGUGACUAGGUUAGGAUGUCCACAAGUUCCAUUUCGAAUACAACAGCGUGAAUUUGUGCAUGAUCUAAUUUGUCUUCCGAUGACUAGUCUUGAUCUCAUUCUGGGGUUGGACUGGUUAUCCAAGAACCAUGUUCUGCUCAAAUGUUCAGAAAAAUCAGUGUGCUUUAUGCCGGAAGACACAGAAGGGCCAGUUGUGGCGAAUAGUUAUUACUUGAAUUCUAUAAUGGUGAAUUGUUCUGGGGCUGAAUGUCAGGAUAUUAUGUUGUUAACUGCGGGUGUUUCGGGUGAUGAUCAAAGCUUGGAGCAAAUUCCAGUUGUGUGUGAGUUUCCAGAGGCGUUUCUGGACGAUAUUGAUGAAUUUCUACCUAACCGAGAGGUUGAAUUCGCUAUUGAGUUGGUGCCUGGGGCCGGUCCAAUCUCGAGUGCUCCUUAUAGGAUGUCAUCUCUAGAAAUGGCCGAGAUGAAGUCUCAGCUAGAAGAUCUGACGUGCUAUGGUCAAUAUGAAUACACAGUGAUGUCCUUCGGACUGACUAAUGCUCCAGCGAUAUUCAUGGAUUACAUGAAUAGAAUUUUCCAUCCAUAUCUGGAUAAGUUUGUUGUCGUGUUCAUCGAUGACAUUCUUAUUUACUCUAAGACAGAAGAUGAGUAUGCGGAUCAUUUACGGACUGUGCUACAAAUCUUGAAGGAUAGGAAGUUGUUUGCCAAGUUAGCUAAGUGUGAGUUUUGGAAAGCUGAAGUGAAAUUUCUUGGCCACGUGGUGAGUAAGUAG